UCCCCUCCUCGCGCCCCGCCCCACGUGACCCGGAAGUGGCCCCGCGCGCGCGCCAAAGGGAGCCGCGGAGCCGCCGCCAUGAGCCUCCUGAACAAGCCCAAGAGCGAGAUGACGCCGGAGGAGCUGCAGAAGCGGGAGGAGGAGGAGUUCAACACGGGGCCGCUGUCGGUGCUCACCCAGUCGGUGAAGAACAACACCCAGGUGCUCAUCAACUGCCGCAACAACAAGAAGCUCCUGGGGCGGGUCAAGGCCUUUGACAGGCACUGCAACAUGGUGCUGGAGAACGUGAAGGAGAUGUGGACAGAGGUGCCCAAGAGUGGGAAGGGCAAGAAGAAAUCCAAACCUGUCAACAAGGACAGAUACGUGUCCAAGAUGUUCCUGAGGGGAGACUCGGUCAUCGUGGUCCUGCGCAACCCCCUCAUCGCUGGGAAGUGAACUGGGGGGCACUGGGAGCUGCUGGGGGGCUGUGGGAAGCUCUGAGAGCCACAGGAUCCCCUCAGAUCCCUUCAGAUCCCUUCAGAUCCCCUGAGAUCCUCCUCAGAUCCCCUCAGAUCCCUUCAGACCCCCUUCAGAUCCCCUGAGAUCCCUUCAGAUCCCCCUCAGAGCCUGUUGGAUGCCCUGAGAUCCCUCCCUCAGAUCCCACAAGGUCCUCCUCAGAUCCCAGUGGAUCCCCUGAGAUCCUCCUCCGGAGCCUGUUGGAUGCCACAGGAUCCCCUUCAGAGCCCACAAGUUCUCCUGAGACACUUCUCAGAUCCCCCUGGGACCCCCCCUCAGGAUCCACUGGAUCCCUUGAGAGCCCCCUGGGACACACACCAACCCCCCCCUCCCCCCUUGGGAUCUCCCCCACCCCCAAUAAGAUCCACUGAGGUCCUCUGGGACCCCCCCAGGAUCCACCAGAUCCCUUGGAACACCCCCACCCCCCUGGGAUCUCUUGGGAUCCCCCCCCAGUCCCCUGGAGACACCUCCAGGAUCCACUGGAUCCCCUGACCCUGCCCCCCCCCUCCCCCCCCCAAGAUCCACUGGGAUCCCCCCAGGACCCACCAGAUCCCUUUGGGGGGGGUUAUUUUAUUGGGGGGGGGGCAAUAAAUCCGAUUGGCUGCUGCCUCCACGCUCCA